UGGGACCCGGCUUCCCCAGGCAGCCCGCCUUUUGGUUGGACAAUUAGCGGAGGUGGGCGGGGAGUUGACCAACCCCACACACGCGCUUCGCCAUGAAGAUUCUUGAGCUUUCUUUGAAGAAAGGAGUGCAUAUGCUGCAGUGUCUCUGUGGAAGGAGCCUGAGGUCCAGCAGCAGCCUAAGUGAACCCCAGCUGAAAGGAAUUGUGACAAGGUUAUUCAGCCAGCAGGGAUAUUUCCUGCAGAUGCACCCAGAUGGUACCAUUGAUGGGACCAAGGACGAAAACAGCGACUACACCCUCUUCAAUCUAAUCCCUGUGGGCCUGCGUGCGGUGGCCAUCCAAGGGGUGAAGGCCAGCCUCUAUGUGGCCAUGAAUGGUGAAGACUAUCUCUACAGCUCAGAUGUUUUCACUCCAGAAUGCAAAUUUAAGGAAUCUGUGUUUGAAAACUACUAUGUGAUCUAUUCUUCCAUACUGUACCAUCAGCAAGAAUCAGGCUGAGCUUAGUUUUUGGGACUCAAUAAGGAAGGUCAGAUUAUGAAGGGGAACAGAGCGAAGAAAACCAAGCCCUCAUCACAUUUUGUACCAAAACUUAUUGAAGUGUGUAUGUACAGAGAGCCAUCACUACAUGAAAUUGGAGAAAAACAAAGGCGUUCAAGGAAAAGUUCUGGAUCACCGACCAUGAAUGGAGGCAAAGUUGUGAAUCAAGAUUCAACAUAG